AUGCAUACGGUACGACAUUCCAGUCCACACAACGAUGACGUGCAAGAACGACCAGCCAAGCGACGAGCCCGAAGCGCCGUUGCCUGUCAGAGAUGCAAAGGCCGCAAGCAACGCUGUGACAAUGAGUUCCCAUCUUGUUCCAAUUGCCUCUGUGCCGGCGAGGCUUGCUCUUACGGCGUCAAGCAAGUCUACCCGUCAGAAUAUGUCAGGUCAUUGGAGAACCACAUCGCUCAACUCGAGCAGUCACUAACCUCGGUCGAUCCCAAAUUGGCAGCCGAUCAUCUCGCAAAUAUGAACGAGGCCGCAGCUCCUCGUUCCUCAAGAGCGUCUGUCGAACGGCGAAGCCAUGACGAUCGAGAGGAGAAUGCGGAACCAAGCCUGGAGUUAGGGGUUGGUUUCGUUGCACUGUCGCCAAAUUCGUAUCUGGGAACAUCCAGUGGAUUUCAGCUGGCAAAACUGGUCAAAUCCGCAAUGAAUGUGCCAAACCUGGAUGCACACUCGGCUGGAGGAUCGCGGCUUGGGAUGGAUCAAGUCUCCUCCGCGCGUUCUCAGCAGCAGCAGGGGUCCGAAAACUCCGUUUUCGCCGAAAUGCCCACCGACGAAAUGGGGGAAGAACUCACCAGUACUUAUCUCCUGAAAGUCUAUCCCAAGCAUCCAUUCUUGUCCAAGGAGAGGGUUCAUGCUCUGAACAAAGACAGAGCAAAUCUCAUGUCUGCUCAUCAAUCACAAUCGAAGGAAGGCCGGGCGAAUCGAUUAGAUUAUGCUAUUUUGCAUUUGGUUUAUGCAAUCGGAGCGAGGUAUCUGCAAUUGGCAGAUGAUAAUUCCUAUCCAUCACCCGAGUCUCACUACGCAGCUGCGUUGACAGAGAUUGACAUAAUAUCCGACGUGCGAAGCCUCGAGAAUUUGGAGGCAAUGCUCCUGCUAUCCAUCUACCAGUUGAGAUCACCUACCGGUCCAGGAGUAUGGUGGAUGAUAGGGACAACGAUGCGACAUUGUCUCGAUGGCGGUCUCCAUCGAAAGACAAAUAAUUUAUCCAACUUAGUCGAUCAACGGCGCAAACGCAUAUUCUGGACGGCGUACAUGUUAGAGCGGUCUGUUGCCAGGACUGUCGGCCGCCCAUACUCUGUAUCGGACAGGGAUAUCGACGUUCCCCUACCAGCAAACAUUGAAGACUCGUACGAAACAGAGGAAGAGAUCACUGCAGCCAUUCUACAAUCGUUGGCAAAUCCACACCAAAUCACCUCCCUAACGGCCGCAAUCCAUAUCAUCCGGAUCCAGCAGCUAGAGUCUAAAAUCUCCCAUACUGUAUGUCGGGUGGAUAAACCCAUAUCGGAAAUCAGUCCGCACAAGAUAACCAAACUUCGAAACGCCCUCGAGGAGUGGAAGGCUGCCAUCCCAUAUGUCUCGCAUCCCGAAAACGAGGGGAAGCUCCCAUACAGCACCACCGACUACCACAUGAUACAAUACCACAAAGCCUUGGUUCUCCUUUUCCUGCCUUUGCUCCCAUCACUCUCACCAUCGCACCCGGACUUUCGCCUUUUCGCCUACUCGGCUGGACAGAUCUGUCAGAUGUACAAAAGACUCCACAACAAUCAGUCAUAUAUUUCGUUCUCGCUGCUCGCCCUCCACGCAAACUUUGUCGCUGGCCUCGCUCUGGUGUACUGUUUCUGUCUGGACCCAACCCUGUUCGACGCGAAUUUCAGCGGCGACAUCCGCGCCUGCAGCACCAUGCUGUACGCCAUCUCUGAACGCUGGCCAGCGGCGCGAAAGGUGCGCAACGCGUUUGAAAGCCUCGUCUCCGCCACGAUCGAGGGGAAUCACGGCACCACUUCGACAUCGUCAUCGUCGUCAUCAUCAUCCGGGCGCACUGCCCGGAUCUCCGGGAGAAACAGUCAUGGACAACACGCACUCGAGGUGCAAUCACUCCUGAGCCACCACGAAAAUACCGACAGCGACCGAUACGCCGAAAACCGAGUCCAAGAUAGCGUCUGGGAUAGCUUUGAAACGGUACUCGGAGAUUACCAGAUCAACGACACAUGGAUGUAUGACGGUAUCAUUCACGCCAUGGACACCUUUCCGACAGAAGGCUGGUCUAUGUGGGGAGAUAUUUGA